GAUUCGAAGGAAGAGCACAUUCCGAGGGCCGAUAAAUCGAACCGAGCGUCGUCUUGUUCUUUUCUUUACGUCAUAAUUUAGCUGGAAGUAUCCGAUCGUUGUCGAAGACGAUGAUGGUAGCGACUGCGAUGACCGAUGAUGACGGUGGUGGUGGUGGUGGUGGUGGCGGUGGCAGCAGCGACGACGACGAUGAUAAAGGUGUGAGUCGAGUAAGUUAACGUUAGAAGAGCGCGCGCGACAACGUGCGCGUCUUCCAAGGCCGUUCCCAAGGCCGCUCCCAAGGACGCUGCUUCAAGGCCGUUUCCGUGGGGGAUUCGAAGGGACUUCCCCAAGAGAGAAAGCGGACGCGGACGCGGACCGACCGACCGACCGACCGAAUCAACGAGGGGGAAAGAGAUGGAUGGAUAAACAGGCAGAUCAAGAGGGAGGGAAACGGAGAGGAAAAUAGAGAAUCGAAUAAUAAUCGACUGUCGGCCAACCGAAUUUGAUUCGAAUACGCUGUUAUCGUUGGAGCUAGCGGUGAGGCAGGCGCACGCGACAACGGAAAUGACGGCAUUCGUAUUUCAACAUGGCAGCUACUGAACAACGUAAACAGACUGGCAAUUACGGGCUCUCGUAUGUUGGCGGAAAAACUUCGAUGACGACUCUCGAUGAGAACGUGAAUCCUGUACCACGGGAGUUCCAGACAAUGGAUAAAAUUGAUUACUUGGGAAAGAGAGAACGCAUAGAGACAGUAUCUAUGAACAAUCAAAAUGAAGAUACAACAGAUUUUGGAUAUCCGGUACAAGUGGUACUUGCACAGCCUGACCAUACAUUUGAGUUAGACGAAGAGGCGUUGUCCAAAAUUCUACUUCACGAUAAUAUAAAAGAUAGAAGUGUUGUGGUCGUGUCCGUGGCAGGUGCAUUCAGGAAAGGCAAAAGUUUUCUACUCGACUUUUUUCUUCGUUAUAUGAACGAUAAGUACAGUAAGGGAAAAAGUUCUGAUUCUUGGUUGGGUAAAGACGAUGAGCCUCUAAAAGGAUUCUCGUGGAGAGGAGGUUCUGAAAGAGAUACUACAGGAAUAUUAAUGUGGUCGCAAGUUUUUCCUGCUACUUUACCCAGUGGAGAAAGAGUUGCUAUAAUACUAAUGGAUACGCAAGGUGCUUUUGAUAGUCAGUCAACUGUCAGGGAUUGUGCUACAGUCUUCGCGUUAAGUACGAUGUUGUCUUCUGUACAAAUUUACAAUUUGUCACAGAAUAUCCAAGAAGACCAUCUUCAACAUUUACAACUUUUCACCGAAUAUGGUAGACUAGCUUUGGAAAAAUCAGGAAGUACGCCCUUUCAAAGUUUGCAGUUUCUAGUAAGAGAUUGGUGUUACCCGUAUGAAGCUGAUUAUGGCGCAAAAGGAGGACAGAAAGUAUUGCAAAGAAGAUUAGAAAUAUCUAAUAAGCAACAUCCAGAAUUACAAAGCUUAAGAAAGCACAUUAAGUCUUGCUUUUCGGAUAUAUCUUGCUUUCUUAUGCCUCAUCCAGGUUUAAAAAUCGCUACAAAUCCUAAAUUUGAUGGUAGACUAUCAGAAAUUGAAUCAGAGUUCAAAGAACAAUUAAAAGUUCUUAUUCCAAUGAUACUAGCACCAGAAAAUUUGGUCACCAAAAAGAUUGAUGGUCAAGUUGUAAAAGCCAGAGAUCUGCUUGAAUAUUUCAAGAGUUAUAUCAAAAUUUAUAAAGGGGAUGAAUUACCGGAACCAAAAAGUAUGCUUGUUGCUACAGCCGAAGCUAAUAAUCUGUCAGCCGUAGCAGAGGCAAAAGAUGUAUAUUUACAGUCGAUGGAAAAUGUUUGUGGAGGAAUCAAACCAUUUUUGGCUACUGCUCUCUUAGAUGCAGAACAUCAGCGGUGCAUGGACAGUGCUAUACAUCACUUCCAAAAUAAACGAAAAAUGGGUGGAGAUGAAUUUAGUCAAAUGUAUAUGGAAAAAUUAAUUAAGGAUAUGGAUGAAGCUUAUCUUCAGUUCAAAGCGCACAAUGAAAGUAAAAACAUUUUCAAAGCAGCACGAACUCCAGCAGUGUUCCUCGUGAUAGCUGUCACUAUGUAUAUUUUAUCUGGUAUAUUUGGACUAGUUGGUUUAUACGGUAUAGCGAAUACAUGCAACAUAAUUUUGGGCAUUGCAUUACUUACAUUCGUUUUUUGGGCAUAUGUAAAGUACAGCGGAGAAUUACACGAAAUGGGUACGCGAAUAGAUGAACUAGCAAAUGCUAUAUGGGAAAACUUCAUGAAAGUACUUUAUCAACAAAUUGUGAAGAAGUCAAUUUCUGUAGCAGUGGUGGCGCAGGCCGCUGAAUUGGCAACAAACACGACAAUGAACGUCACUAGCACUGCCAAUGGCAAACCAAAAAUAUCAUAAUGAUCAUUCCCUCCAUUUUUGGAUAUUUUAGAUGCAUAAAAGCAUACGUCAGUAAAUUAACACCAAUAAGUGGCAUAACAAAAUUUUCUAAUAUAUUUUCAUUUAUACGUAAAGCCAUAAGAAAUUUUCCUUUUUUUAAUGAUGAAAUAUGUUUAUAAUUUGGAUUGAUUAAAUUGAAGCGAAUGAGAAUGUACAUAUGUACAUAAUGAUCUAACAAUAUCAGUGUUAGAUCAUUGAAAAUUCCGGCUAUUAACAUUGUCUAUGAUUAUUACUAUUGUAUUGUUAUAGACUUAAACAGGUCUUAUAUUUAUAAAUAAUAAUGUCAUAGUCAUAAAUUAUAAUACAUUGACAAAUAUUUUUUAUAAUUUUUAUAAUUAGAAUAUCAAUUUUUGGAAAAACUUUUACAAUUUUUUAUUGCCACAAAUUUGGUGUAAUUAGUUCGCAUUAUGUUUGUGCCAGAAACUUAAUAAUGUACUCUACUUAUUUUUUUAUCGAAUACAAUAUAAAUAACACAAAUUGUUAUCAUUAACUACUGAUUCUAUAUAAUGUUCAAGCCCCUUGAAUUCUAAUGGGAUCAUGAAUUCUCUUCUUUUUUUUCCUUGUUAAUAAUAAUAUGUUAUGUUAAAAAUCCAGUUACAUAAAAUUUUAUUAACUAUAUUAUAAAUGUGACAUUCAUGAUCCAAAAUAAGAAGACUAUGUGGGAAUCUUAUAAUAUUUUUAAUUGAUGGUAUUAUUUUGUAUUUUGUAUGUUCAAAAACUUUAAGAGAUGUGUUAUCCAACUAUACAAACGCAACUGAGAUAUACAUGCCAUAUUGAUGUAACAUGCGACUAUGUUAACUCGACAGAAUAAUAAUCUGCAGAGAGAGUCUAUAUGUUCUGUAAGAUUGUAUUAUCUAAUUUAAUUAUAAGAUAAAUAUUGUUGCCAAUGUGGUAUUAAUAUUGAUAAAAAUUAUGUAUUGUAUAUGAUAGACUUUAUUUCCAAGAUUGCUCGUAUGAAAAGAAGCAGUAAAACGAUACCUGUGAUCAUUUUUUGUGAAAUGUCUAAUGUUAUAUUCUGUAUUAUAUCUAAUGUCGUUUAAAUUAUCUUUAUCUUUUUUUUUCUAAUUCUUCAACAAACAAAUAUUAUAAGAAAGCAUUAUUUUUGAUUUUCGAAAUAUUUAUAAAUUUUGUAUAUUAUGGAAAAGUCUCAAGAAAUAGUUUUCAAUCCUAUAGACGUCACUAUAACAAAUAUUCAUUGAGUAAUUGUGGAUAAUAAAACUCAUCGUAUGCAUGUAUCAAAAUUUAGUUAUCUUGCCAGAUAAAUAUUAAUGUAUUUUAUAUUUAAUUUUAUAUAUUUGGUAUAGUAAACAAUUUUAAUUUUCAAGCGUUUUUUCGUGUUUGUUUAGAUAUAAUUAAAACAUGAUGCAUGAGUUGAACUAAUUUUAUUUUAUAUAAUUAGUAUUCUUAUGACAGCUACAGCAUAAAAUUUGAUAUUAAUAUAUUAACAACAGAAUUUAUUACAAUACAAACAGUAAUUUAUACAAAAUUAUAAAACCAUGAUGUUUUACAAACAAGAAGAACAAUUGUAGUGGUUUUGGCAACAUUAAUAGUUUUUGCUAUUGUUAUGUUCUCUAUUACAUAUACAGUGUGUGACGUACAAUGAAUUAUAAAACUAAUUCAAUAGGAGAUUAUAAGUAAUUUAGUAAUUUCCACUUGCCAACAAUAACAUUUAAAUUUGCAUUGAAUUAUAAUUCGUAUAACUUUGUUUAAUAUGUUGCUUUAUGUAUUGUGGUUCAAUCUUUGAAAAAAAAACUCUAAUAAUCCUCUGUAAAUAUUUCAUCUGGAAAAAAGAAGAUGCAAAUAUGAAUAGACACGAAUUGUCUAUUUAUUUAGUGUUGAUUAAUGUUAUCAAAUUUAGAUUAUAUUGUAAUAGUAGUUAAAAUAUUUCAACUGAACAUAACUAUUCAUUGAUAUUGAUCAAACAGUAAAGUUAUUUUUCGUGGAUUAUUGUAAAAGGUGCCAUUGAAGUUGCCCGUAUCAUAUACAUGGAGAUUUGCAAUAACAUUUAUUUGAAAAGAAAAAAUUGCUUAAAGUUCUUCUUAUGUACAUAAUUUUAAUGUAAAAUAUUGUAAUUCAUAUGGAGAAAUCCAAUAUUAAUGUGUAAAUUAUAUGAAUUAAGUUGAGAUUGCAUAUUAAUGCUGACAUUUCUGUUUAUGCCAUUUGAUAUGAUCGUCAACGUUGUAAGCUUAAUAUAUUUGCAAUAGCAUUUUUACAGUAUAAGAAAAUAACUAAUUCGAACUGUUUAAGUUUACAAUAAAUUAUUUCAUUUAUUACACGUUCAAGAAAUUGCGUGUAUUGAAUGUAUCAUUUUCAUUUUGUGUGAAUAGAGUUUUUGAAAUAAUUUCACUUAUUAAACGCUUUCAUACUAACAAUAAAAUAUUUUCAAAACAAUAGAAGGAAUUCACAUUACAAUUAUAUUAUAUUAAACACUCAAUUAUUUAUCCUUUAAAUCUUUUUGUACCAAUACUGUAUUAAUACAACAUAAAAUAAAUUUCAAGUGUAUCCAUGUAUAUAAAAUUUAACUAUUGAGUAACAAAUGUAGGUAGAGAAUUGUUGGAAACUAUAUAAAUAAUACAAAUGCGUCAAAUAUGGUGUAAAAUUGUUAUGGGCAAAAUAAAUACGUAUUUUUC